AUGCGCAGGGCGCUGCCACCGCCCCGCCGCCGCCCGCCGCGCUGAGGAGGUGCCCGGAGGACAGCAGCUCCCACCGCCCCCCCGCUCUCCCCCUGCGGGGCACCCCCGCCCCGGUACCCACCCCGCCCGGCUCCCCCCCUUCCCUCCCAGCCUCACCCCACCCUGCCCCAUUCCCCUCCCUCCGCCAGAUGACCACCGAGAGCGGCCAGCAGCGGCUGGAGCCCCCCGUCCCUCUCCGCUCCUGCAGCCCGGCUCCCGGAGCUCUCCAGAUGAGCCGGCCGCCCUCCUCCGCCCUGGAGACCUCCACCUCCUCUUCCUCCACCUCCACCUCCUCCUCCUCCUCCUCCUCGGCGGCGGCGGCGUCUUCCAAGAGCAAGAAGGCCAGCUCGGGGCUGCGGCGGCCCGAGAAGCCCCCCUACUCCUACAUCGCCCUCAUCGUCAUGGCCAUCCAGAGCUCGCCCUCCAAGCGCCUGACCCUCAGCGAGAUCUACCAGUUCCUGCAGGCCCGCUUCCCCUUCUUCCGCGGCUCCUACCAGGGCUGGAAGAACUCCGUGCGCCACAACCUCUCCCUCAACGAGUGCUUCAUCAAGCUGCCCAAGGGCCUGGGCCGCCCGGGCAAGGGCCACUACUGGACCAUCGACCCGGCCAGCGAGUUCAUGUUCGAGGAGGGCUCCUUCCGACGGCGGCCCCGCGGCUUCAGGAGGAAAUGCCAGGCGCUGAAGCCCAUGUACCGCAUGAUGAACGGGCUGGGCUUCGGCGCCUCCAUCCUCCCGCAGGGCUUCGACUUCCAGGCGCCCCCCGCCUCCCUCGCCUGCCACUCCAACGGCUACAACCUCGACAUGAUGCCCAACGCCAUGGCCAGCGGCUACGAGGGACUCAGCGGCGGCCACCACGUCCCGCACAUGUCGCCCAACCCCGGCUCGACCUACAUGGCCAGCUGCCCGGUGACUGCCAACGGGGACUACGGCCCCGACAGCAGCAGCAGCCCCGUGCCCUCCUCGCCGGCCAUGGCGAGCGCCAUCGAGUGCCACUCGCCCUACACGAGCCCUUCGGCUCACUGGACAGCCUCGGGGGCCUCGCCCUACAUAAAGCAGCAGGGCCUCCCCGCCGCCAACGCCGCCUCCUCCGGCAUCCACUCCAGCGUGCCCUCCUACUCCCUGGAGCAGGGCUACCUGCACCAGAGCCCCCGCGACGACCUCUCAGUGGGAUUGCCUCGCUACCAGCAUCACCCCUCCCCGGUGUGUGACAGGAAAGAUUUUGUCCUCAAUUUUAAUGGCAUUUCUUCGUUUCACCCGUCCGCUAGUGGAUCUUACUACCACCAUCACCACCAUCAAAGCGUCUGUCAAGACAUCAAGCCCUGCGUGAUGUGA